GUCGUGCAGAGACUACUUCGUCAUCCCCAAUAGACUCCUCUAAAACGGCGUCGCAACAACCUCCCCCUUGCUCGCCGAUAGAUCUUCAUCUCCAACAUUAGUAACGCACACAAACAGAGCUCUCUCGUGGAGUGCAAGGAAUGGCGUUCACACUGCGGAGCGUGAAGGUGCCACCGAACUCAGCAAGUCUGGAAGAAGCGAGGCAUCGGGUGUUCGAUUUCUUCAGGGCCGCAUGCCGAUCCCUACCAACCGUCAUGGAAAUCUACAACCUGCACGACGUCGCCACCGUGUCCCAGCUCCGCUCCACCGUCGCCUCCGAGAUCCGCAAGAACUCCCACGUCACCAAUCCCAAGGUGAUUGAUAUGUUGCUCUUCAAGGCAAUGGAAGAGCUGGGUAACAUUGCGGAGCACGCAAAGCAGCGGCACCAUAUUAUUGGCCAGUAUGUGGUGGGUCGUCAAGGGCUUGUGCAGGAUGUGGGUACCAAGGAUCAAGGCAUCUCCAAUUUCCUCAAAAAUUUUUACAACACCAACUACUGAAUCUUUACUGUUCAACGAAUGUGUCUCCUUUGCUUUUGGAAUUGGGCUCCUCAAAUAAAGAUGUACUAGGAGUUUUUUUUUUUUUUUGGUAUCUUUCUGGUUGAUAAAGAUCCUUGUAUCUUCUUUUAUGGUCACUUUGUUGGAACUGUAGUACUAUCUAUGAAACCUCGGUGUUUGUCCUCUCAAGAAAUUUGGUUUAUAACUUAUAAGAGCUGCUGGAUGAGGAAAACAGCAUUGUGUUAUGUUACCAAUGUCGCAUUCUAUGAUCCUGUGAGAUUAUUAAUUAGAUUGGGUUUAUAUAUUUUUCUA